AGGGAAAGUGAGAGACUUUUUGGUGGUGGUAGGUGGGGUCCACAUGCACCGUCUUUCUUUCCGAAUGCCUUAUUUGCAUGGAAGUAGCACCAGCAGCCAUUCCCAUCACCCACGACUCCCUCCAGAUUCGCUUCCCCCGUCUCUCUAUCUCACAACUACAAUCACUUAUUACUUUCUCUGAAUGGGUCUUUCCCUGAAUUUCAUACUCUCUGUCCGUGCAAAUCUGACUACUGAUUUCAUCUAUCUGGCUCAGAUUCUGAUAGGUUUUACUGAUUAACGGGCUUUCGACUUGAUCUGUUUUGAUGCAAUUUUGAUUCAGUGUACUGGAACUUCUUCUUUGAUAAGUGUUUCUUGGUUUCUGAAGCCUUUUUGUUCGAAGAUAGAAAUAUGAUAUUAUUUCUUUUGUUGAUUCAAAUCACCCCAGGUUAAUUGUUCCUGAGACUGCCUUUUUCAAAUUCACGUGGCCUUUAAUUCCUAGGAUUCCCUCUUCAUUUGCUGGAACUAAUCGGAGUCUUUAACUUUUAGUAAGAAAGAGGCUAUGUCAUGAUCAAUUAAUUGGGUGGAAAGUCAAGACAACCUUUGAACAAUGGGGGCAACACAUUCUAAAAUAGAGGAAGAUAAGGCUCUACUGCUGUGUCGUGAAAGAAAGAAGUUUGUUCGGCAAGCACUUGAUGGGAGGUGUUCGCUAGCAGCUGCUCAUAUUGCAUACAUCCAGUCUCUGAAACUCACUGGAACUGCUCUCAGGAAAUUUGUUGCACCUGAAGCUCCAAUUGAAUCUUCCUUGUACACUUCCACUACUGCAACACCAGAGCCACUUGCUUUAACUGAGAAGUCUCUUUCUCAGUUCUCGUUUUCGUCCCCAACUUUGUCACAACCUGUUGAAGCGACUGAAAACCUUUCUCCAUCUCCAUCUCCUCCCAGCUCUACUCGUUUUCAGGUAAAUCAUAUGAGAUUUAGCGGUUUCUCUUCCAAUAAAGUCGAAGAGAAACCUCCUUUACCUGUUACAGGAACAGUAACCUCAUCAAGUACUCCACAAAAUGUAACGCCUCGUUCCACUGAUAAACCAGAAACUUCACCAUUUGGGGGUUCUUCCAAUACUUCCGGAACUCCCCCUUGGGAUUACUUUGGUUUUUUCCAUCCCAUUGACCAUCAGUUUUCUUUUCAAGAAGGAAAGGGAAUGAACCAAGGAUUCGAAAAUCUGGAUCAUAUAAGAGAGCUUAGGGAAGAGGAGGGAAUCCCUGAGCUGGAAGAUGAGGAAGAGAAGGCAUCUUCUCAUGAAAGGGAAGAAUCUCAGGAUUCAGAAGAUGAAUUUGAUGAGCCCCCCACAGAUACUUUGGUUCGAAGUUUUGAAAAUCUUAAUAGGGUGCAUGAUCAUGAUGUCCCUAGUGCUUCACCUACCAUGCCUUCCAGUGCAAGUGUUGCUUCAGAAUCUGAGUUAUUGAAUGGGGAGAAAAGUAACUCGCCUGUUUUAUCACCAUUAAGAACACCCUCCUCGGCAGUUACUAAUGCAAUGGACACAAAGGAAACACCCAUGAAAAAAGAUGGUGCUGCAAACAAGGUUGCCCCAAAGGACUUCCUUUCAAGCAUGAAAGACAUUGAAUAUCUCUUUACAAAAGCUUCCGAUUCUGGGAAAGAGGUGCCUAGGAUGCUUGAAGCAAAUAAGCUGCAUUUCCGUCCAAUAGUUCAGGGCAAAGAAAGUGCGUCGGUGAGUUCUACAAUCUUCAAGGCCUGUUUCUCUUGUGGGGAAGAGCCUAGACAAGUUCAAGAAGAGCCUCCUCAAGAUGCUGUAAAGUACUUAACUUGGCAUAGGACCACAUCAUCGCGAUCAUCUUCAUCUCAUAACCCUCUUGGAUUAAAUACUGGCGAUGAUUCAGAGGACCUUGCCAAUAACCUUUUCAAUAACUUUUGCAUGAUAUCUGGUAGUCAUGCCUCAACCUUGGAUAGGCUAAAUGCAUGGGAGAGGAAGCUCUAUGAUGAAGUGAAGGCUUGUGAGAUGAUAAGAAGGGUGUACGAUUCCAAGUGCAAGAUUCUGAGGCAACUAGAAUCAAAUGGGGAAAGCUCCAACAAAAUUGAUAAAAUCCGUGCUGUUGUUAAAGAUCUACACUCCAGAAUCAGAGUUGCCAUUUACAGAAUUGAUUCAAUAUCAAAGAGGAUUGAGGAAUUGCGGGACAAAGAGCUCCAGCCGCAGCUCGAGGAGUUGAUCAAAGGACUAAGUCGGAUGUGGGGAGUUAUGCUUGAGUGCCACAAACUACAGUUCCAAAUCAUCUCAAUUGCAUACAACAGUGGCAAUUACAAAAUCUCUAUACUGUCAGAAUCACAUCGCCAUAUUGCAACCAAUCUUGUGAAUGAACUGAGCUGUCUGUCUUUAAGUUUCACAAAGUGGAUUGGUUCUCAGAAGUCUUAUCUGCAAGCUAUAAAUAAUUGGCUUCUGAAAUGCGUCUCUAUCCCUCAAAAAUCUUCCAGGAGAAAAAGGAAGCAACAAGCCCCUAACUUGAAAAACUUAGGCCCUCCAAUAUAUGUUACCUGUGGUGACUGGAUGGAGAAACUUGAUGGUUUGCCUACCAAGGAGGUUGUAGAAUCUAUAAAGUGUUUAGCAGCUGACACGACUCGCUUUUUGCCUCGCUUGGAGAAGAAUCAGGGGAAACUUGAUAAUGGUAGUGAGUCGGCUGUUAACCUAUUGAGCGAUGAAGCUUCAGAAGACUGGAUUUCAGGCUUUGAUUGUUUCCGAUCAAGCUUAACGGUAUUUCUUGGUCAGUUGAAUAACUUUGCAGAAUCUUCUGCAAAGCUGUAUACAGAACUUCAGACUUCCAUAGAAAAUGCUAAAACUAAUUAUGAAAAAUGGAAGGUGCAAGCAGAAGCCUUUGAGUUGGAAAGAAAGGACAAGGAUACAGAGAAGGCAAGAGGAAUUGCUUGAGUUUUCAUUGCAAUGCUUCAGAAUGAAUCCAAUUACAUGAGUUAUCUUCACAGGAGACUUAGAUUGGAUCUGUAUGGAGGAAGAAUGACCCAAUAAAGGGUAUCUGAUUCAUGUAUUGAGAAUGGGGUUGAUUUGGUUACUGAGCUUCGACAGAGAGGAAUGAAUCAUUUUCUGUACUCAGAAUCUGUAUAUCUUGUGUUUUACAGAAUAUAGGAAAUCAUAUAAAAUUUCAGUCCCUUCUUUUCUUCCUC